UCGUACGUUAACAAAAAGUACGCACACAAUACGUCGUACGACUUUUUGACGUUUGAUAUAGAUUUUGUUGUCAUUUUGAAAUUAUUGAUUUGAUACUUUUGGUUUGAGUUUGGCUGAGUUUUAAAAUUAUUUAAUAAAAUGGAUUUUGAAAACGAAGAUUUAGUUUUAAUAAUGUCUCUUUUUCAAAUGUCGUAUAUUUAUUUAAAAUAUUAUAGUAAAGUUAAUACGCGAAGGUGGUGGGUGAGGCCAGUGUACCAGGAAAGAAAUGAAAAGGGGUAUUUCGAAACCACUUUUAAAUUCAUCAAAGAAAAUGAUCCUGAUCUAUUCUUUAAAUCAACAAGAAUGAAUCACAUCCAAUACAACUUGUUGUUGAGUUUAGUCAAAAAGCGUUUGACGAAAUCGUCGAUUCGAAAAGCUAUAAGCCGAGAAUGUAGAAUGGUGUUAACCUUGACAUAUCUGUCACAAGGAGUAACACCUAAUUAUUUGGCAUGGUCUUUUCGGAUGGGUGCUUCAACAGUUCGAAAAAUAAUUGUUGAAACAUGUAUGGUGUUCUGGGAUGUUUUAUCCCCAAUUUAUAUGCCGGAACUCAAUCAAUCCGACUGGAAGAAAAUUAGUAAAGAGUUUGGUGAAAGGUGGAACAUGCCCAAUUGCGUUGGCAGCAUAGAUGGGAAGCACAUAGAAAUAAAAUGCCCUCCAAACUCGGGAUCUAAAUAUAUAAAUUACAAAGGGUAUUUUAGCAUUGUGCUUCUCGGGGUCUGCGACGCCAAUUAUACUUUCAGUGCUGUUGAUGUUGGCGCAUACGGCAGUCAGAGUGAUGCUGGAAUUUUUAGGAAUUGCGAAAUAGGAAAAAAAAUACUGACAAAUUCCAUAAACUUUCCACCACUUGAAAACCUUCCCAACUCCCAGAAAAAAGUUCCAUAUUACUUUGUUGGCGACAGUGCUUUUCCGCUGAGAAUGAACCUUAUGAGGCCUUACCCAGGGAUUUUUUUGAAUAAACGGGAAGAAGUUUUCAAUUACAGGCAAUCUAGAGCCAGAAGAGUAAUUGAAAAUACAUUUGGAAUCCUAGCGGCUCGAUGGCGAAUUCUCGGAAAGGCAAUUGAAUUCCAUCCCGAAAGUGCCGACAAAAUUGUGCUUGCGUGUACAAUUUUGCAUAAUUUUUUAAAAAUUACCGAUGUGGUACACAACUCCAAAACAUAUUGCCCCGACCUGUAUUGUGACAGUUACAAUGAGCAUGGAGAACGAUUCAAUGGUGGUUGGCGACAGGAAAGCAUUAAUUUGCUUCCAGUGCGCAGACUUGGAUCAAAUAACCGAGCAGACGGUGCAGCCGAAAUGAGAAAUACUCUCACAAAUUAUUUUUUGAACGAGGGAAAAGUUAGUUUUCAACCUCAAUAA